CUUUCAGACUGCUGAGUUGUAGCAUCGUUAUAGAGCUCUAGCUUUGUGAGGGUGGCAUAAUGUUUGAAAACACAGGAAUGGUACUGCCGGUGUACAUCACCACAUUCAUCUUUGGACUUCCAGCAAACGUUGUGGCGCUCUACGCCUUCAUUAGGAGGGUGCAACAGGGUGCGACUCCCGUUGACAUCUUUCUGAUAGGACUCACCAUCUCCGACCUGCUCUUCCUGAUCUUCCUUCCUCUCUGGAUGAAAGUAGCUGUUGACGACAUGGAGUGGAAAAUUCCCCAUUUCCUGUGCCCUCUGUCAGGCCUCAUCUUCUAUGCUACCAUCUACAACAGCAGCCUGUUCCUUACCGCCAUAAGUGUCGAGCGUUACCUUGGCGUCGCCUUCCCUGUCAAAUAUAAACUAAACAGAAAGCCUUGCUAUGCUGUAGUGGGUAGCAUCAUCAUCUGGAUCAUCUCCAUGGCAGAGUGCAGCAUCGUGUACGUCAUGGUGUACUAUGACCCUGACCAUGACCACGAACACGACCACGACCACAACACCACCGCCCACAAAGAAAACUGCAGCACCUGCUAUGAUGAGUUCACUGCGGAGCAGCUUGAAAUACUUCUGCCAUUUCGCUUACAGCAGUUCUUCCUGGUCUUCUGUGUGCCUCUCCUCAUCUGCUCAUUCUGUUACAUCAACUUUAUCCACAUCCUCUCCCGCCUGCCCAAAAUUUGCCACAAACGGCGUCGCAGAGCCAUCGGCCUGGCCCUCGGUACCCUGGUCAUCUUUGUCGUCUGCUUUGGUCCUUACAACGUGUCUCACCUGGUGGGCUAUGUCACCUGGGAGAGCCCAUCCUGGCGCAAGUACGCCGUGCUCACCAGCACCUUCAACACCUGCCUGGACCCCUUCAUCUACUAUUUCUCCUCGUCCGCACUCAGGGCCACCUUCAGGAGCAUGUUCGGCCGGCUGUCGUCACGUGUGUCCAGACGUGAGUAUGGGGGCACUGCCAUGCAGCCUGCAGAAGAGCUAGAGGAGGUUACUCGCACACAGAGUACCAAUGAUAACCUUGGCUAA